UUGUACCUCAAUUGAACUUUUAAUAAUCGUGAUAUUUGCUUGCCGAAUGUAAACAAGAAACAGUUUAGAAACUGAACAUCUUGAAGUUUAAAAAAAAAUACCACAGAAUAUUAAUUCUACCAUGAUUACUUAAAUUUUUCUUAUCGAAAAUGCUACCUACGUAUACACCUGUCACUAGCAGCUACACAUGGCCUAGAUCUAAUUCGUUUGCGAAGUCCAAUACUUACGCUUUCCCUUUUAAUCCUCGUUUUGGAUACCAGCAGCCACAGCCCCAGGCAUCAUUUAUUCCCCGUCUAGCUAUUCCCCCGUAUCUACGUCCCAAUGCAGAUUAUGACCGGAUGGGCAGGUACAUUAGAAAACCUACAAACCAAAGCGUCCCAAUGGACUUGCCAACUAAGAUGACGGAAGCGGCCGUGUCGCAGAGAGUGCCAGCAGCCAAGCAGACUCAAGAACAUGACUGCACCUUGUGUCAAGAACUUGUGGAUAACUCACAGCCAGGGAUUUUCUACUCACAGUUGAGAUAUUCCCCAUGGAUGCCAAAUAAAACUGUUAAAAACGCAGCUAUGAAGUCAAGGGCGCCAUGUGUAGUCAUGUGUCAUACCAAAGAAAGAAAAGAUCUUUUACUUCGUGUGUAUCUGAUGUUGUUAGUCAAACUGGUAUUAUGCUUGAUAUUCUGUACAGUUUUUCAAUUUGGGAUGAAGUCAGAAGUGACAGAAUUGAAAAAUGAAUAUCCCUGGUUAGUAUGGAUGCCCAUAAUAAUCUAUAGUUUUUGCUGUUUAUUCUUCACCUUUUCACCGGAAAGAGUCAUCAAAUACCGAGCUGUUAGCUAUUUGAUGAUAGUAGCCAUUACAUACUCCAUUUGUCUUGGAGCAGGGUCUUUGGCUAUUGACUACUUCUGGGAAGUUGUUUCCCUACUCAUCUGUAUCAUAGCUAUUGUCUUGUUUCUGAUGGCACUUAUGUGUUGUCUGCCCCUCGGUGAUGUCAUAUCGCCCAUAGGCUUUGGUCUGACCGAAUCCUUCCUGUUGAUUUUCUUCGGGAUCGUCACAUUGAUUCUCAAAUAUGCAUACUUCAUGAACAUUAAAACUUUAAUUCUUGUCUACCUGGUGGCUUUAAUCAUUCCAAUGUACUUACUAAUAGACACGUGGUUGAUCAUUGGUGGUAUGAGGUUCUCAUUGGUCCCCAUAGAGUCUGUGGUAGCCAUGAGUAUCACUAUAUGCACGGAUGCGGUGCUGCUGCCGUUGAUAGUUACCAUGUUCUUCUUCAAGAGGCCUUGUUAUAUAGAGAUUGAGGAAAGAGUGGAAAAACCUUACUGAGAAGAGAGGUCAAGCAUGUAACAGAAGAGUUUUUGUGGAGUGACCUUACCCAGCAGAGAUCAAGCAUGUUACCAUAUUCAAUAAUUUCAUAAAUAAAAGUGUAAUGUUCUGA